AUUACAUUGAAUAAUAUCAUGAUAGCUAUAUUGAAGUACUUACUGAGAUAAUAGUCGCAAUAUAUAAUCUCGUAUUGGAAUUUCUAACCUGAUAUAUGAACCCGUAAUGAUGAUAUAAAAGUUAUGAUGCAACACUGGAAGAUACUUAUAUAAAUGUAAAAGAGAAAUAAGAAUAAUUUAUAAAAGAAAAACUAUGUUCCUGGAUAUCAAUCAAUAAAUAGCAUCUAAUUCACAAUGAGCACAAAUAUGAGUGAUGUACAAGGUUCUUUAAAGGAAGCUUUAUACGAUACACUAACAGGAAUUUUAUCUCCGCAUCGAGAUAUUCGACAAGCAGCUGAACAAAGAAUUCAAGCACUCGAAGUUACAGAAGAAUUUGGUAUUCAUCUUACUGAAUUUGUGAUUGAUCCUAAUGGUCAUUUACCAAUUAGACAAUUAGCAUCUAUACUUUUAAAGCAGUAUGUAGAAACACAUUGGAAUUCGCUAGCUGAAAAAUUUAGGCCGCCUGAAUUAAAACAAGUAACUAAAGAAAAAAUAAAAGAGUUAUUACCACAUGGAUUAUGUGAAUCUAUUAGCAAGAUACGUGCAGCAGUAGCGUAUGCAAUAUCUGGUAUAGCGCAUUGGGAUUGGCCUGAAAAUUGGUCUGGCCUAUUUGAUAUAUUAGUUAAUUGUUUGAGCGGAGAAAGUGAAUAUGCUGUUCAUGGGGCAAUGAGAGUUCUAACAGAAUUUACACGUGAUCUCACCGAUACUCAAGUACCAAAUGUUGGUCCUGUUAUAUUACAAGAGAUGUAUAGAAUCUUUCAGAGCGAGAAUCAAUAUUCAAUCAGAACACGUGGACGUGCAAUUGAAAUUUUUACGAUCAUCAUCAGUCUCAUAGCUAAUACAGGACAUAAAGGAUUCGUCGAACAAUAUUUGCAACCAGUUAUUCCUAUGAUUUGUGAAAAAUUUGUCCAGUGCCUGCGCAUUUCUAAUGGUCCAACAAGCGACAGUGGACUUAAAACUGAUAUUAUCAGAGCCAUAAACUGCCUUGUUACAAAGUUACCUAAAUAUAUAUCCCACUUUUUACCUCAAAUGUUACCACCGGUUUGGGAAACAUUAAUUGAAAGUGCAAAAAUUUAUCAAGAAGAAACAGUCAAUGGGAUUUUAGAAACAAAUGAUAAAGAAGUAGAUUCUGAUGGUGAAAUCAUUAAUUUUAACAACCUUAUCAUUGCUAUAUUUGAAUUUGUUCAUUCUAUUAUGGAACAUAAAAAAUUUUCACACCUUGUCGACAAUUUGUUACAAGAUAUACUUUACUAUACAAUAAUCUUUAUGCAAAUAACGGAUGAACAGAUCGAGUUAUGGACAACUAGCCCUAAUCAAUUUUUAGAAGAAGACGAUCAGUGUUUUCUCUCUUACAAUUUGAGGAUAUCAGCAGAGGAAUUUUUAUCAGGUAUUAUCAAUCAAUUCGAAGAGAGAGGAGUAAAUGCGCUUUGCGAAGCAAUUACUCGGCAUAUCGAAGCCACAAACAGACUGCAAGCUGGCGGUGGUGAUAAUAGGAGUAUUGAAAAUUGGUGGAAAAUACAUGAAUCUUCCAUAAUAGCAUUGAGUAUUACAAGAGAUAUAGUGAUAGAGAAACAGCAGGAAGGAUUAUUGCAAUUUGAUAUUAUUAGAUUUAUGGAAACUGUUGUAUUAAAUAAUUUGAAUGAUUCAAAUGCACCACCAUUACUUCUUGGUCGUUAUUUAUGCGUCGGUGGAAGAUAUGCUCAAUUAAUGCCACCUGAAAUGAACUCAAGAUUUCUAGAAGCAACAGUUAAUGGUUUACAGGAAAAUCAACCUUCAUGUAUUCGUAUAAGCGCAGCUAAAGCUAUAUAUUGGUUCUGUGAACUAUCCAACAUACAUGCUAAUAAUCCUACUCUUAAUAUUAUUAGAUCUCAUUUACCGAAUAUAUUUCAAGGAUUGUUUAAUUUAUCUAGUCAAGCAUCUACAGAUAUCCUAAUCUUAGUAAUGGAAACAUUUCAAGUAAUAAUAUCGUUGGAUAAAGCAUUUACUGCCUCAGUAGAAAAUAAAAUAUGUCCAUUAACAAUUGCGGUGUUUUUAAAGUUUCAUAGCGAUCCAAUAAUACUGGCUGCAUGUCAGAGUAUAUUUAAAGAAUUAACACAAAAUUCAAACUGCAUUGAACCUCUACAAACUCGUUUAAUACCAACUUUAGUGAGUAUGAUGUCAGUUACAUCAGUGGAUAGAUCGAAGGAUGAGGGGAAUCGCGGGGUAGCUUUGGAUAUCUUACAAGUUCUUGUUCAAUAUUCACCAAAACCAUUAAGUAAUGCUUUGAUUGAAACCGCCUUUCCCGCUGCUUGUCAUUGCAUUCUUAAUUCAGAAGAAAAUGGGACACUACAAAGUGGAGGGGAAGUAUUACGUACAUAUUUGUCUGUAGCUGCACGUCAAGUUACUAAUCACAGAGACAGCGAUGGUCAAACUGGAUUACAAUAUAUUUUGCGAAUAAUUUCACAGCUGUUAAAUCCUCAGUCUAGCGAAUUCACAGCAACCUUCAUUGGACGUUUGGUAACGACUUUAAUACGAAAUGUUGGAAAUACUUUGGGAGAAAAUCUUGAUCUGUUAUUAAAAGCUGUUCUUAGUAAAAUGCAAAGAGCCGAAACAUUAACAGUCAUACAAAGUUUGAUUAUGAUAUAUGCACACCUUAUAAAUACAGAGUUUGAUGCUGUUGUGAAUUUCUUAUCAACGGUACCUGGCCCUACUGGGCAAAGUGCUCUUGCCUUUGUGUUGUCUGAAUGGGUUAGCAGACAACAUCUUUUUUUCGGUAGAUAUGAACGUAAAGUAGCUACUGUAGCGUUAUGUAAAAUACUGGAACACGGUGUUACACGGGAUGAUUCUAGAUUGAAAGAAAUCACUGUAAAAGGGGACCAAAUAUUUUCUGGAAAUGAAACUGGUGUAAGGACCAGAAGUAAAGCAGAAACGCAACCUUUACAAUGGAGUACUGUGCCUGUUCUUGUUAAGAUCUUUAAAUUAAUAAUUAAUGAACUAUCCAAUGAUAUCGAAGUAUUUAAUGCCACUCAAGAAAGUGAUAUAUCUGAUGACGAUGAUGACGAAACUGAUGGGAAUGAUACUUUUAUAGAUCCUGGACAUGAAAAUAAUUUAUUACACAUGGAUUUGGAAGAUAGUGAGAAUUUGCCAAAACCAAUGGGAACUUCACGAAUUGAAAAGAAUCCUGUUGAUUACGACGAAGACAGAAUGCAUGAGAUGACAGCUUCUUAUUCGGAAAUAUCAUUUGAUUCGCAAUCUUCUCCACCGGUUUCUGAGUUGAGAUCACUUAUCGAAUCACCCGAUAUUGAUGGAAAAUAUUUGGGAGAAUGUUUGGAAAAGAUGAAUGGGAUUGGUGGAAAUAGACCGGAUCAAUUAGAUUUAAGAAGUAGAGAUUCUAGUCCAAACGAAGAAGAGGAUUUAGAUCCACCUAGUUAUCAUAAAGCUAUGGGAUACUUACAAUUAGAAGGAACGGUAAUGCAGGACGGAGAUAUGGUUUUGUUUGUAACCGAAGACUUGGAAAAUAAGAUUAAAUUGUCCAGUCCGGUUACAAAAAAAGGAGAAACCCCUUCUUUUCCAGGAUCAAGAAGUUCAACGCCUUGUUUAUAUAGGCAAGCAUUAACGCCACAAUUACCUUUACUGGAUCAUAAUGUAUUAAACGAAUUAGAAAUGGAAGCGAGGAAGAUAGCUACUUCUGUUGAUGCUCUUACAGAAAAUCUAGCUGCUAUUUUACACAGCGCAUCUGCACUUACGGUUGGUUGUUUGGAAACUUAUAGGGAUGCUGUAUGUAAAACUUGUGAUGCUGUAGAUCACAAUAUAAAAUCCAUGUAUCAAUUGAUGGCUAAGUGCGAAGAAUUAUCCAAAUGUAUGGCACCAAUUUAUAAAUUGGCAGAACAAAUUAAGGAGAUGAAGAGGAUGCUGGAACUGUUUGAGAGCGCAAUGAAUUUGUAAGGGUAGAAGUUCCCACAUUAUGACAUCACCUUCUUCUUUUUUUGAGCGAUCCUGUUGUCCAAAUGCUUUUACGAUCGUUCUUUGCGAAUUCAUAGAAAAUCGAUAUCGUCGAUAGAAAAUUUAUUAGAUUCAUAGAAACAAUUAAAAAAAAGAUAAUUUUAUACUUACCGAUCGUUCAUUGUUAUUAGUUAUACAGUUGGUAAUAUUAGAUUCGACAAGCGAUAGAUGCAUUAUUUCAAAUUGAGAUUAAAUUCUCGUUACAUUGUCAUAAAUUCGUCAGGAUAUGUGUCUCUGUGUGUAUGUAUAUGAUUUAUUUUUAGAUUAAUCCUUGUUACAUUGUACAAAUUGUUAUAUAAUGCGAUUGUUUUGUUAUAUAAAUAAACCAUAACUAUAUAUAUAUA